CAUUCUCUUCGACCUCUGUACAAAACGACGCGUGAAACGACCACGUAAAUGAGCAGAUAAAAACAUUUAGCUUCUGGGGAAAGUUAACAUAUACAGAAGCGGUAAUUCUAAUUUCUUCUUCGAUUGGGUUUUGGGUAGAACUCGGUGCUCUGUUGCCGAUCGAUCUGUAGAAUCCGAGUGGCAGGUAAUCCUCGCCGAUGAAUCUCUCUGUGCUCAAUCUUCUGCUGUUUUGGUUGUCCGAAGAAUCUUAUGCUGAAAGCUGCUGGAGAAUCUAGUUCUGUUGUGUUGCAUUCGUAUCUCGCUGGAGAAUUCGGAACUUCCGGAUCCAGUCGAUUUAGGCUUGGGGUUGGUUGAAUUUUUCUUUGGAAUCGGCUAAAACGGACAAUAGGUUCACCGUUUAGCCUGUGGCAGCAGGAAGAUUGUCGCAUCUGAAUUUCGGCAGCCAUGGUGUCCUUCGAAAUGAAUGAUCGGAAAAAAAUUGGGUUAGGGCUGACAGGAUUUGGCAUAUUUUUCUCGUUUCUGGGAAUCGUCUUCCUCUUCGAUAAAGGACUACUUGCCAUGGGAAAUAUCCUUUUCAUCUCAGGGGUUAGCCUAACCAUUGGUCUACAGUCUACCGUGCAGUUCUUCAUGAAACGUCAAAAUUUCAAGGGGACUGUUUCUUUUGGAGCUGGCUUCUUCUUUGUAGUAAUCGGAUGGCCUAUUAUGGGAAUGAUACUAGAGGCCUAUGGUUUUAUUGUACUCUUCAGCGGCUUCUGGCCAACGUUGGCAGUUUUCAUUCAAAAGAUACCAGUUCUUGGUUGGAUCUUUCAACAACCGUAUAUAAGAUCGAUCUUUGACAAGCACCGGGGGAAACGUGUACCGGUCUAGUCCCCGCAAACUUGGACAGACAAUCACGAAGCUAAGACUGUGCGAAGUCUUUUUUUUUUUUUUGUGGUGGAAAAUUCGGCCAAAAUGUUACAUGACAGUACAUGAGAAAAAAAAAAAGGAACGUGGUGGAAAAUGAGACGUGGCGGCUUUUGCCAUUCGAACCUAGUGAAACAAAGAACUCAAUUGGCAGAGACAA